AUGGCUUAUGGCAAACAAUACAUCCGUUUGUCUCUCAAACCAAAGCACAAACUCUUUGGACAAACAUUUUAUUAUCGGAUUAUUUUCCAAGAAUUUGGCCUAAAUGUCAAUUCAAUACAAAAUUUAAGUAAAUCACAUCUAAAUCAGCAUAAAAAUUCAGUUCAUUUAAACGUGAGAUUCAUUUGUGAUUUCAAUGAAUGCAACAAAAGUUUUACAGAAAAGUCCAAUUUAUUUCGACACAAAAGUUGUGUUCAUUUAAAUGAUAGAAAAUUCAAAUGUAAUGAAGAAAAUUGUGGCAAAAGUUUUGUACAAAAGGCAGAUCUAAUUCGACACAAACGCAUACAUUUGGGAGAAAAACCAUUUGUUUGUCAUUUCAAUGACUGUAAUAAAACAUUUUCUGAUAAAUCAAAUUUUAAUCAACAUAUGACAAUGCAUAAAUUUACAAAUAAAGAGCUAUAA